UUGGAAUAACUUUGGCCUGUCAGAUAUUGGAUGAUGAAUUUUUAAGCACUAUAUAACCCCGACGUAAUUUCCUCUUUUGUUUAGUAUAAUUCUGUCGCUUUUUGGUGCUCCAUUUUUUUUUAUAGUGCAAAGGGAUACAACUUGUCAGUUUUUAACCACCGGAAUCGGACAUAACAGCCGAGCAGUGUGAUUCACUUGCCUCACUUGGAACCAAUAUGCCUCCAGGGGGAGGAGAUGAUAUAAACCUGUUGGAAAUCCCCAGAAACGAGAUGCAGAGUGAAGAAGAGUUAGAAAACGAGAGACAGAGAGAGGUCAGAGUGCUCCAAGAGAGAAUAAACAAGGGAGGGAGACCUCUAAAUGUGGCCCUUAUAGGCCCGUCAGGCAGCGGGAAAUCCUCCUUCUGUAAUUCAAUCAUGGCAGCCUUUAGUGUUGGGGGUUGGAGAGAGCGGGCUACCACUGGGCACUAUGGUGGGCACGGGGAGCAGGUUACACACCAUCUACUCAGCUUUCCAAAGAUUGAGUACUUGGACUUUGAUGCUCUCUACGACUACAACUACCCGACGCUGAUUGACAUGAACGGAUUUGAGGACAGUUGUGAUACGCUGGCACAGGAACUGCUACGGAUCGUGUUUUUCGGACGAUUGCCAAAUGAAGAGAAACUCAUGGAUGCUGUGAAAUUAUACAAUUCUAGAGGAUUGGAUGGUUUAAAGGAGAAAUAUUCCCAGAACAAUGAAGACCUGAAGGUAGACAGAAUAAUAUUUAUAGCCUCAGCUAAUAAUUCUCCCCUCCCAACUCGCCUAAUGGAGGCGGUAAGAAACACUGCUCGAAAAGAAAACAGGGUUAUUCCGAUUUUUGGAGUCCUGACUCAUAAGGAUGAAAUUAGCAGAGAUGAUUCAGAUUACAUAAGAUUGGAACAGGAGUUCAGAGAAGGGCUGGGGAUUCCUGAGAACCGCUUCCUGCUCUGUACGACAUACUGUGAUGCGUACGACAAGCAUCAUGGGAGAAGUCGCCUGGAUCAGAGGCAUCCAGCUCUGGACAUUCCCAUUCUAAAGUUCAUGCGACAGGUCUGUGACCCAGCCAUUAGGGUCAUCCAAGACAAACAAACCUACACUGGUGAAGAGCCACCCCAGGAGCCAGAUACCACCACCCCAAAGAACCCAACCCCAGAUCCAAACCCCCAGCCCGUCCCACCAUUGCCGGACAACCAGAGACUUGGAAGGAUGUGGGCCAAGGGAGCAAUCAUUGCCGUGAUCUUCUUCCUCCUCCUCCCCCUGAUUUCCUAUGAGAGGGAGAUACAGAUUAUCUGUGCCAGACAUGGUACGGGGGUCAGCUCAUACUGUGGGGACCAGUCCAUGGUGGGGAAGAUGUUUGCUAGUUUUGUGUUUGCUGCAUUUCUUGUUGUGCUGGACAUUGCAUUUGAUAGAUAUAAUCAGUUUUUUUGAGAGGAGGAAUUUUGAAAUGGAAAAUGGCAAUAGGUGAUUUUGGACUUUGUACAGUAAUGUUUAGAUAUUAAGACUGCAAAUAAUCUUUUUAUUAAUUCUGGAAUUAAAAUUUUACCAAUUACAUAUACCAGUAUUUUUUUUUUAAAAAGAAGACAGUAUUCAAUCUAUUAUUCAAUUAACAAUUAAAGAGGAAUAACUCUAGUUUGGUUUUGAUGAAGUUUCUGUAUCAUGCGAAAUGUGCCAAAUUCAUUAUUAAGAAUAAUUGAUUCACAUUUUAACAAAUAUAUUACAUUGUAUCAAUUGUUACUUUUAAUCUUAAAUUUUCAUUGAUUCUUUUAUGCUUUAGUAAGCAAUGUCAAUAAUUAAAAAAAAAAAUUAUAUUUAGAAAACUCAAGCUUUUGUGAUGUGUUGAAAUAAUCGUGGUGCAAUAAGGUUUCAAUAAAAAAAAGUGCUUUUUUGUCUUCAUAUUUGAGCUUUGUAAAUAAAUGAAGGCCAACAUUACAAUUUUUUUUGUUUUAACUUAACACACAAUUCAAUUUUUAAGUUCCUUGGGUUUUUCCCUCGAAUUUUUUUUACCCCAAAACCUGAUUGCAAAUCCUAAUUACAGAUGAAGCAAGUUUGAAGAAAAAAGCCAUUAACCAAAGCCUGUUAAAA